AUGCCACGCCCUGUGGCAAGCGAGAAGACUGAAUGGUCUGAUGAGCAGCAGUGGUUUCUUACUGCCCUAGACACGAAGUUUCGACAGCAGGAGGCAGUCAUCCGAGCAUUGUUGGAGAGCCAUCAGCAUUUUCCAGCCAAGCCCCUCUACGAUGCGUUUACAGCUGGAGAUGCAGGUGGUGCGUUGAAUGGUAGUCUUCCGGCGGCUGCCAGCGAAGCACCACCUAGCCCCCAAAGUGACGGCUUUGUGAGCGUCAACCACACACAGGACUCCACUGAGUCGCAAGAAUUACAAGCCACCGAGUCUCAAGAGCUACAGCGCCGAGCGGCGAAGAAGACCAAGAGCCUGGGCAAGACUACGAUGAGCGAAAUGCAAGCAGAAGAAGAUGCAUCGGCCUUGAAGAAAUUUGUGAAGGGCCCCUUGGAGGCUCAGCUGCAGUUGCAAGGACUCGCUUCGGAAUGGAUUCCUCUUGCUCAGUUGUUUCUGGCCAACGGCCAACUCGAUCUGGUCCUGCCGGGAUGCCCCAAAGUCAGUCUUACCGCACCGGAUGGGUAUCUUGGCAUCAUCGUGCUAGUGAACCUUGGCAUGAUGGCGGCUGUGGCGCAGAUCACCGGUCACGAAGCAGAUGUGAGCCUCGGCUUGGCUCCACCUGAAAUCGUCACCGUGGCACCCGCGUUUGACAUCAUUGAAACUGUCUUCUUCGUCGUGUACCUGCUCGACGUAGUUGUUCGGAUGUUCGUGUUGCGGAAAGAGUGGUAUUUCGACGAGGUCGAGGGUAUCAUGUACAUGAACAUGUUUGAUGCGAUCCUGGUCUUGGUGCACGGCUUCGAGCUCCUGCUCCUCCCAGUGUUUUUCUCUGGAGAUUCGGAGCAGCGCGCAAGCACCGUCCGGGUCAUUAAAUUGCUACGAAUCGUGCGGACGCUCCGCAUCAUCAAGACGGUGGCACUGUUUCGGCAGCUUCGUCUGUUGGUGACGACAUGUGUGGCCAGCAUCGGAGCCCUUUUCUGGUCCAUGGUGAUGCUCUUUCUCAUCAAGCUCGGCUUUUCACUGAUUAUUUGCCAGGCACUCCAAGGAUACAUUCUAGAUGAAAGCAAUGAUAUGGACACCCGCCUGGAGAUGAAUUGGUUGUACGGCAGUUUCCUGAAGGCUCUCUACACCAUGUUCGAGGUGACACAUGCCGGAAGCUGGCCUACGAGAGUGCGGCCAGUCGUUGACAAAGUCAGUCCUUGGUACUGCAUCCCGUUCCUGGGAUACAUCACACUGGUGGUUUUUGCUGUGAUACGAGUAGUUACGGCCCUCUUUCUCAAGGAGACGCUGGCGAGUGCUGCCAACGACGCUGACAUACAGAUAGAAGAGAAUCGCCGGACUGCAAAGAACUACCAGGAAAAAUUGGAAGACCUUUUCCGUGCCGUUGACGAAGAUGGUAACGAUUGGCUCUCUGCAGAAGAGUUCAUCCGGGCAUUGAGCCUCCCGAGUGUUCAGCGAUACCUGGCCAUCCUGGAUCUAAAAGUUUCAGAUUGCCGCCCUUUGUUCGAGAUCCUUGAUGAUGGCGACGGGAAAAUCACCAUCGCGGAGUUUUGCCAGGGCUUGAACCAAAUCAAGGGGCAUGCUCGUGCUCUUGACAUGGUUGUGCCUCGGACGUGCAAUCCAGGCAUCAGGUCAUCAUGGUAG